AUUUGUUACACAUUCAGCCGUUCAUGGAGCUAUCUCGAGAGAAAGAUGACACCUACAUCAUGCCCUGCAGCCUUCAAUGCAUUGUUCUGGGCUCGGACCAAUGCCACGGCCCAGCCAUCGUCGUUCGUCAGGACAAUAUUGCUACCCUGGGCGGCCUGUAGGUAGAGGAGAGCGAAGAAUGCAAAUUUGAACAUGGUAGAAGACGAAUGGGACUGGGUGCUUUGCUGUGGCUAUUGUUAGUAGUGCUUUGUCCCAUGAUAUCAUAUCAAGCUGCAUGUGGUUUGCUCCCGACGAUAAGGUCAUAUGUGUUCGUUGAAAGAGCCGCUUCGAUUACGAUACUUGAACUUGCCACAAAGGCGCCGUCCAUCUCUCCAGUUCUUUUGAUAGAAGAGAAGAAGUCAAUGGCUGCCUCCGGUUUUAAUUUUUUUUUACCUAGUCCAAUCAUUUGUUCCGACUGUCGGUAUUUCUGCUAGGAUUACUUCGAGCGUUAGUGUCGUGCUUCAUAAAUUGUAUCGUUUGGUCACG